GUUUCUUCAAAAAGACUUGUUUUAAUCCAGUUUAAUCUGAUCCAGGAACAGCUGUUACGUAAACCUGAUCUGACUGUGUUUAACUGGUUUAACCUGAGAGCAGAAAGUGAGCAAACACAGAGUGACCCUGAAGUGACACGCACACCUGAGCUCACCUGUUGAGAAUCUGUGGAGUCUUUUCAGUCGGUCCUCUGUUGGUCACACAGUUUCUGUCGAGUAAACUAAUCUUUAAUGAUCCUGUUUAUCAGUUUAUCAAAUCUGACACAGAAAACGACUAACAUUUUGCACCUGUUCGUCACACUGACAGUCAGUAUUUACGUCUGGAGUCCCUCAGGGUUGUGUUGUUGGUCCUGACAGUUUUCAGUUUGGUGCACGAAGAGUUGUGUUUGUGUCUCCGAAAGUCUGCUGUGGCACGUUUAUUUUACAUUUACAGGCAAAUAUGAAAUAUGACAGGACUUCCUGUUCAGCCUCAUGACAUACACAGUACUCUGGUAUUACACUGUAGUAGUACACUGUGGUAUUACUGCAGUGUAUACAGCAAGUCUGGAUCAUAAAAUCUGGAACAUUCUCGCACACGUGUGACACCUCAUAACGAGAUACUCUGACUCUGAGUCAGGUACAUGAAAAUCCUGACAGCCAAUAGGAUUCUUCAGUGUGUGUGUGUCUGUAACACACACACACAACAAGAUUAGAGAGUGCAGGUAUUUAAGCUCAGUGUGUGUGUGUGUGUGAGAGAGAGAGAGAGAGAGAGCAGAGCAGCAUGCAGCAGAUCUACAGGCAGAGCAACCAACAGUUUGAGGUUUACACCACCGUCCUCUCCCCGCAAGUGUGCAGAUCGACAUCGAGGACGAGGACAAGACAGGUGGAGGCAGAAAAGGUGGUGGUGGCGACGAUGCAGAACCAGUCCCGCUGGCUGAAGGAGCUGGACCUUAACCGAGGAGACCUGAUCCAGGUUCUGUUUAAACAAGACGAUGUCUGGUGGUUCGGACGGCUCACAAAUGGAAAUGAGGGUUACUUCCCUGCAGCCUGCGUGGAACCGCUCCAGGGCGGUCUUCCAUCCAGAGCCACACCCACGCUGUUGAGGAGAGGGUCAGUACCGGUCGUUGUGACCACAGCAGACGCCCCCUGUGGUUACACAAGUGGUCGCAGUACUCCGAAGCUGCUGAGGAAAGACAGCGUCCGAUGGCCGCAGGGACCGAACGGGUCCUCGGCAGGACGGCGACCGUCUGCAGCGCCUCCUCACAGCUCCCCCAGCCUCCUUCACCGCGUCCUGGCCAAGUCAAGGAGGAAGAGCUGCCCCCACCUUCCCCACCACCCUCAGGAGAAUGGCUCCGUCAACCCUGCCUUCCAGCCGGACUAGACUGCAGUUCUGCUGAUCUGCAAUGAGUCAGGCCUCUCCAAAACAAGGAAAAAUGUUUUCAUCUUUUUUAAUUAUCUACUGAUCUUAGACAUAGGAACAAAUCGUA